AUUGUAUCACAGAAAAACAGCCUCAAGGCUCAAACCAUAUGUAUAGUCAAGUGAUUUCCACUUAAAAAACUUUGCUUUCUUGAUCUCCAGCAAAAAUGGCAGUGACAGCCGAUGGGCGAAUCGCCCUGUUGGCUGCCAGGCAGCUGCGUGAAGGGGCUGCAAUGACAGUAAGCAGUUGCAGGUUGAGUGUGAAGUUCUGCAAUGGAGAGUUCAUGGGGAAGAAGAUAAAGCUUAGGAAGUUUCAGCAAAGAAACGGUAGCAAGUACAAUGUUGUUGCCAGGCCGAGGGUGAACAUGUCCCUCACUACUGAUGUUGCAGGUGAGGCUAAGUUGAAAGGCUUUGAGACGGAGAAGACGGAUCCAAGAACAGUUGUGGCGAUUAUACUAGGAGGGGGCGCUGGCACCCGCCUUUUCCCUCUAACCAAGCGUCGUGCCAAGCCUGCUGUUCCGAUAGGAGGAGCCUAUAGGCUGAUUGAUGUUCCAAUGAGCAAUUGCAUCAAUAGCGGGAUAAACAAAGUCUACAUUCUCACUCAGUUCAACUCAGCCUCGCUUAACAGGCACCUUGCACGGGCUUACAACUUUGGCAGUGGCGUCACGUUUGGGGAUGGCUACGUGGAGGUCUUAGCAGCAACGCAAACACCCGGGGAAGCAGGUAAGAGAUGGUUCCAAGGUACUGCAGAUGCUGUCAGGCAAUUCCACUGGCUCUUUGAGGAUCCAAGAAGUAAGGAUAUCGAAGAUGUGCUCAUUCUAUCUGGUGAUCAUUUGUACAGAAUGGACUAUAUGGACUUUGUUCAGAGCCAUAGGCAAAGCGGGGCAGACAUUACCAUUUCCUCUUUGCCAAUAGAUGACAGACGCGCCUCAGAUUUUGGUCUGAUGAAGAUUGAUGAUAAAGGAAGGGUGCUUUUCUUCAGUGAAAAGCCCAAAGGAGAUGACUUGAAGGCAAUGGCUGUAGAUACUUCGGUUUUGGGUCUUUCCCAAGAGGAGGCUAAGCAGAAACCGUACAUUGCUUCGAUGGGAGUUUAUGUCUUCAAGAAGGAGAUACUUCUGAACCUUUUAAGAUGGCGUUUUCCAACUGCAAACGACUUCGGAUCAGAGAUCAUCCCUGCCUCAGCCAGGGAGUUCUUUAUACAGGCUUAUCUAUUCAAUGACUACUGGGAAGACAUUGGUACAAUCAGAUCAUUCUUUGAAGCAAACCUUGCCCUCACUGAACAUCCACCAAGAUUCAGCUUCUAUGAUGCCGCAAAGCCAAUAUACACAUCGAGGAGGAACUUGCCACCAUCAGCCAUCACUAACAGCAAGAUUGUUGACUCCAUCAUAUCUCAUGGUAGUUUCUUGUCAGAUUGCUUCGUCGAGCACAGUGUUGUUGGCAUCCGGUCGCGAAUCAAUUCGAAUGUUCAUUUGAAGGAUACAGUCAUGCUGGGGGCAGAUUUCUAUGAAACGAGCGCCGAGAUUGACUCCCUCUUAAAAGAGGGAGGAGUGCCCAUUGGAAUUGGAGAAAAUUCAAGAAUCAAGGAAUGCAUCAUUGACAAGAAUGCUAGAAUUGGGAAGAACGUUGUCAUUGCAAACUCAGAGGGUGUACAAGAAGCUGACAGGACUUCAGAAGGAUUCUACAUACGUUCAGGUGUUACUGUCAUAUUUAAAAACUCAACCAUCCCUGAUGGAUUGGUCAUAUAAUCAUAUGCAUCAUUUCAACUGGAUCUUCAUCUUCUUUUCCCCUGAUAGAGCAUUUUAAGCAUAUUGUAAAUUUUGAAUGUACUUCGUGUCUUCAUUGUAUUCCAACUUUAUUCUUUUUGUAUUUUUAUACAUAUUAUAUUGGCAUGUUAAAGUUUU